AUGUCAGAUAGUCUUGAUAAUGAAGCGGCAGUCGCAGGAGAAGUAGAAGAAGGAGCCACUGCCUGUACUGGGAAUUCUUUGAAUUUGAAAUUGUUCAUCACGGAGGGAAGCGGUUGGUUCUUGACCAGUGUCCGGUCGACCAUCCUGGCCACGCAGCGGCUCUCAUCGACCUCGGGUGGGCAUGCCUUCGAGGUUAUAUUCGAAAGGAUAUUCAACAUUGAUAUUAUCACUUCGCUCUUCCGCAAAGCCCUUGCAUUGCGUCCGCAGGGCCAUUCCGAUCACACACUAUCUCUCGAUCGUCUCAUUUUCGCAUUGAUCUGGUGCUACAGCAAGGAGCAAUCCGCCGCCUACAUUCAGGAAUCCGCGCAGCUAUGCUGCAAGCGACUGCCCCUCUGCCCAGAGGGUACCUGCCUUUGUAGCAUCGGCGUAGAUGGCGCGGUGAAAUAUGUGAUCAGUUUAUGCAGUAAUCUUCCCAUCGACGGAUCUGACGCAGGCAUCCACCUUCAACGAGUCGUGCUCGAGCUCAGUCCUAUGGGCCAUGAAUUCCAUCCAAGAGCACUUGACCAGCUAGCACAGGCAGUUGAGGCAUACUUUGACCAGCAUGGCAGCAUUUGA